CAAGACGCAGCGCGCGUUGAGCAGGCGCGCAGGGCCGCCGCGGGAGGCGGGCCGGCGGCGUUGACACCUGGCGUGAAAGCCUUAUGGUGGAAAGCUGUUGGACCCAUUCAGACGGAAGGAUUAAAUCUCUACAUAGGACCAUGGUGUGAAUGGAAGAGGCAUGUCACUAUGCAAACAGUACGGCACUCUGAACAGACACUAAAAACAGCUCUCAUCUCAAAGAACCCAGCGCUUGCGUCACAGUAUGAGAAGUUAGAUGCUGGGCAGCGCCGUUUGAUGAACGAAGCCUUCCGGCCAGACAGUGAUCUCUUUGGACCCAUUACUUUGCAUUCACAAUCAGAUUGGAUAAACUCCCAUCCUGAGGCUCCCCAAGACUUUGAAGAGUUUUUCAGUGAUCCUUACAGAAAGACACCUUCUCCAGAGAAAUGCAGUAUUUAUAUACAGUGCAUUGGGUCUCUAGGAAACACCAGAAGUAUCAGUGAAGAAUAUUUGAGAUGGCUCAAGGGCUACUGCGAAGCGUUUUUCUAUGGCCUGAGAGUCAAACUCCUGGAACCGGUUCCCGUCUCUGCAACGAGGUGCUCCUUUAGAAUCAACGAUAGCACGCAGAACCUGCAGAUUCACGCAGGGCAGAUCCUGAAAUUCUUAAAGAAGAGGAAACCUGAAGAUGCUUUCUGUGUUGUGGGAAUAACGAUGAUCGAUCUUUACCCAAGAGACUCCUGGAAUUUUGUCUUUGGACAGGCCUCUUUGACGGAUGGUGUGGGAAUAUUCAGCUUUGCCAGGUAUGGCAGUGAUUUUUACAGCUCACACUACGAAGGCAAAGUGAAGAAGCUGCAGAAGAAAUCUUCAAGUGACUAUUCGGUUUUUGAUAACUAUUACAUUCCCGAAGUGACUAGUGUUUUGCUGCUUCGGUCCUGUAAGACUUUGACCCAUGAGAUCGGACAUAUCUUUGGACUUCGACACUGCCAGUGGCUUGCAUGCCUCAUGCAGGGCUCCAACCACUUGGAAGAAGCUGACCGGCGCCCCCUCAACCUUUGCCCCAUCUGUUUACGCAAGUUGCAGAGUGCUGUCGGCUUCAGCAUUCAAGAAAGAUACAAAGCGCUGGUGAGGUGGAUUGAUGAUGAGUCCACUGACACACCUGGAGUUACUCCAAAACACAGUCGUGAGGAUAAUGUGAACUUGCCAAAACCUGUGGAAGCCUUUAAGGAAUGGAAAGAAUGGAUCACAAAAUGCCUGGCCAUUCUCCAAAAAUAAGUACCUUCCGAUAGGAGUAAUAAAAAUAAAUACUUGCACAUUAUGCAGUCAUUUGGGUGGAGUACUUCAUUGGAAUAAACUGUUCUAUUGACUCUG